UUUUUGUCCCUUUCGGCUUACCGUAGCCCCCACACCCGGCGGGAUUGACUGAAAAUGGAAGAUUGUCACAAAUGUUUAGCUGUUAUCUUGUUUUAGAUUCAUCGUCAGCUAAAUCUGACCUCGCCUAUGAGAACAGAGAACGAGGUUUCACCAUGGCGAAGAUGUGUUCGCUGGCGUUGUUCCCCCCGCUUUCCUACGGACAGAUCACUCUGUGCGAGUCCAACAACGAGCUGCUUUCAGGGACUAGCAGCGAUGAGGCGCUCAAACAAGACUUCAUCCCCCCGAGUCUGCAUUUCCCCAGAGAGUCCCUGAAGCUCCACAGUCGCCCUGAAAGCAGCAGCAAAGCCGCCUUCCUGGACCACUCGGAGACGCUGUGGAUGAGGAGCGCAGCAGCCUGGCGGGAUGGAGGGCUCUCUGGUCUGCUCAAUGAGAUUACCACCUCACAUUCAGAGGCACCCAAGUGGCUGUCGGUGACUUCCGGUUGUAUCCUGGCUGUGCUCCGAUGGGUCUCAUCCUUUCACGGCUCCCUUUUUCCUCACGUCACACUGAGCAGCGAGGACAUGAUCACAGAGUUUUCUCAAGUACUCAACUGGCCUGACUGUGUGGUGCGAGCGUUUUCCUGGCAUCCUCACACUGAUAAAUUUGCUGUCGCCUUGUUGGAUGACUCCAUCAAGAUCUACAACCCUAAAAGUGCCAUAACUCCCACACUGAAGCACCGUCUCCAGAGGAAUGUCGCAGCGGUCCAGUGGAAGCCUCUGUGUGCAUCUGCGCUCGCCGUCGCCUGCCAAAACUGCUUACUGGUGUGGCAUGUUGACCCCUGCUCACUGUCAACCAGGCCCUCUUCCAGCUGCGCUCAAGUUUUAUCACAUCCGGGUCACUCUCCAGUCACGUCCAUCGCCUGGUCUCCAAGCGGGUCCCUCCUUCUGUCUGCCUCGCCGAUGGACAUGUCUAUGAUGGUUUGGGAUGUUGCUGCAGAGAGCUGCGUGCCCCUCCAUCGUGUUGGAGGAGGUGGCGUCACGUUUCUGUCCUGGUCACCAGACGGCAGCCACGUCCUGUCGUCCACCCCCUCGCCCUUGUUCAGGGUUUGGGAGACCCGCACUUGGACCUGUGAGCGUUGGCCGUGUAUUAAAGGACGCUGCCAGUCUGGCUGCUGGAGUCCAGAUGGGAGCCGUCUUCUCUUCAGUGUUCAAGGAGAGACGGUCAUCUACGCUCUGACCUUCACUGGAACACCAGGCGCUCCUGCGAGUGGCUUCAGGGGGCCAGAGGCAGCGGUUGUUGUUGCUGACCUAUCAGAGACCACCUUUAACACACCUGAUGGAGACGUCACUGUGGGCGGAGAGGUGCAGUCUUUAGCCUGGGAUCCCAGAGGAGAGCGGCUGGCCGUGCUCUUUAAAGGUGAUCCACAAGCUGCAAACAAGCCUGCUAUCGUCGCCGUCUUUAAAACCAGAGCCAACCCGGUUUUUGAGCUCUUGCCGUGUGGUUUUGUCCAAGGAGAGCCAGGUGCAGAGCCACGACUGAUGCAGUUCCACCCAAACUUUCGACAUGGAGCUCUGCUUACUCUGUGCUGGUCCACUGGAAGAAUCACCCACGUGCCUUUUUACUUCCUGAGUACCAGCGGCUCCUUUGUCGGCCUCGGCGGGAGUCCGUCGCUUCCUCGCCUUCAGGAAAAACCUGCCGACUUCUCCCAUCAGUCACUUUUUACAGAGCUCAUCUCAUGACCGAUCAACACCUAAAUCCACACAAUCACAAAUCUUUCCUAACGUUACGAGUUGCUAAUAAACAGUAGAAAACAAUUUUCACUCUUUUUUCUUUCUGUUGUUUGGUUUUAUGUUGAAAUGUUGAAGUGGAGCUUGUUUAUAAAAUAAAAGGAAAAGCAAAUAGUCCGUUUAGAAACUUAAAAUGUUUGAACUGUUUUUUCAACGUGUUGAGAAAAUUAAAUAUGUAAAGAGGAAAGGUUUACAGCACAGGUGCCCAACAGGCCGGGAUCAUUUAAGUCCUUUUUAGUAGGUGUUGAUGAUAAAAUGAUUCCUGCUUGGCCCACAGUCCUAUCGUAACUCCGUUUUAGUCCAGUUCAAGGCCUGGACUCUCAGCCGCUGUGACCACUUGUUUUAGAUCAAUACAAGUAAACAUGAGUUAAAGGUGUUUGUAAUGGUUUUGGUGACACUGUCAGGACGAUCCAGUGAUGAGUUGCUUUCUGAAAUGCACAUAUGUACAUUUAUAUUGUUUGUUUUUAUUCAAAACUCAAUUAAAAACACCUUCUUAUUGAAA